AUGAAGAGAAGCGAAAGAGAUGAUCGAUCGGAGGAGAGAGAGUACGAGGAGAUGACAGACCGAGAGAGAUGGAAGAGAUCUUUGGAUCAGAAGAAGAUGGACCGAAGGGUUCGAAACGGGUACGGAGGACUGGGACACCAAUCGCCUACGGUGAGCAUGGUGGUCGACAGCAUCAUGUUGUGGGAGUCUGGCGUGGUGGGCCGCGGAGGAGAGGGGGGGCGGGGGGGAGGAGAAGGCUGGGGAGGAGAGCUGGAGGGGUGCAGGAGUGGUGGGAGGGAGGAAGUGGAGGGGAGGUGGAGGACGAGAGUUACGAUGGAGCGAGAGAGGGAGGGUGCGCUUGGGGGAGUGGGGGGAGGGGAGCGGGUGGGCGGUGGCGGGCCGAGGAGGGCGGGCGUGGCGGAGGGAGCCGUCGGGGGGCGUGGGGGCGGGAAGGGUACGCGUGACUGCCCCCUAGAAGCAUUGGAGAUCAUGUCGGAGGAAAACCGGUCCAGUGCCGAUACAGAGAUCCGUGAAACCUUGUCUGCAGAUGAAGAGGUCCCAGAGAAUAAGGUCCUCCAGUCCCCCCAACAGCCCUCUCCAGUUCCUCCAGUCCCCCCAACUACCCAACCUCAAUUCUCCAGACCCCAACAGCCUCACUCCAGUCCUCCAGUCCCCCCAACAGCCCAAUCUCAGUCCUCCAGUCCCCCAACCAGCCCUCCUCCAGUCCUCCAGGCCCCCAACAGCCCAUCCUCAGUCCUCCAGUCCCCCCAACAGCCCUCACUCCAGUCCUCCAGUCCCCCCAACAGCCCUCCUCCAGUCUCCAGUCCCCCCCAACUACCCAACUCCAAUUCUCCAGUCCCCCCCAACUGCCCAAAUCCAGUCCCUCCUGGACCCCAACAGGCCAACUCCAAGUCUGCCUGGAACCCCCCAUAA